AUGUCCGCUGUUGUGACACCUUCCAGCACGGGAACCUGCACCAUCAAUUCCUACCAACACAACACCAAUCUUACCAGUUUCGGUUUCAUAUCCAGCCUCAUUUCCAUGGAAAGCAACUGCGGAUUUUCAGAGACUCCGUGGAAGAUUUUGCUGCAGUUGGGUCAAAAGAUCAACUUUACUUUAGUGGACUUCAGCACUGAGACUUCUCAAAAGGUCAAGGUCACAGCAGGAGGUCUGCACGUGCCGCCACUACAACUACAACGUCAACAGCAGCAACAACAAAAACAACAACUACCGAACAAUCGCCAGCAAUCCCAACAAAAAUGCAAAGCAUUAUACGCCAUCAUAAAAGAUCUUGCAUUAAGCUCCAAGCUUGUCAACGUAUGCGGUGGAGGAGGUCUUGCCGCCUUUGCUGCUGAUGGUCGUCGCUUCAUAUUCCGCGGUGGUGGUGGUAGUGGCGAUUCUGUGACGGUUAACCAAAGUGUCGUUUAUGUCGGUAGAAUAAAACACAUCGCUGUUACCAAUGGCAACGAGGCGGAGGUCAUGUUUAGCCAGGACAUUCUCAUCACCGGAUACCACUUUCUUAUUGUUUUUGAAGCCAUUGGAUGCAUUGAAAUGGAUGAACCUGAUGGUGCAUGGAUCAAGCAGAACAAAACCUCCGCCAUCAUAGGCUGCCAUGGAACACAUGUCACGUGGUUGAUGACGUGUACGAGGGGCUUGUGGAAUUAUAUUUCAAAGAAAAAAAUCAAAGAAAUACUACCCUAA